AUGACACAACGUUUAUUUUUGCCAUCAGGAGCAGUCGACCAUGAUGACGCAUCAUCAAUGGUUUCUGAAGCUCUGUUACCAAACAACUAUACUGUGGUACAAAUCAUAAAUAACUUUACAGGUGUCCUCGUCAACUUCCCCAUGCUUGGCCAUCUACUCAUCACACUCGCUGUUGUUCAAGUGGUUUGGGCAAGAGCCAAACCAAUAGACAUCUUCAAUGAUCCUGGUGAAGGGGAUAUCCUGCAACUUCGCAAUCUGAAGAAGAAUGGCACGAAAGUGUACAACGCCCUGUACAAUAAUUCCGACCUGAAAUGGAUUCUUACUGACGAAGAUGGGAACAUCCGCAUACCGUACACGAUUACAGGACCAUUUAAACCUACUGAAGAAGACGCGAUAGCUGAAGCGAUGAAGCGAAUCGCAAAAGAACACCUGUAUUCGAUUCACCGAACGGAACGAUGA